UCCGGGAAUGGGAUCGUUCUGGGCUUAGCAUAGGCGAGGCGAGGGUGGAGCUUCCUGUCACGGGUGCCUAACGGAGGACCCGGCUGCCCCUCCCCGGAUCCUCCGUCCUCUGUCUUCAGGCUGUUGUUAAUGUGACUUUGCCUCACUGCCCGGGCUUGUUUUUCUUUCCGUCCCUGUCAUGGGAUCGUCGAUUGAGAGCUGGGGACCGAGACAAAUAAGCAAGCAUUUCCUACCUACUGUGUGCUGCUAUACUGUGCUGAGCGCCCCGGAUACUAGAAAGACAAAAAGAAGCCCCUGCCCCCAGGGAGAUCCCAGUGCAAACGUGGUCUCUGUGUACAAACAAGAUGAGUGCGGAAUAAAUAGGAGAUAAUCAUAACACUAGCUGGAGAGAACCUUAAAGGCCAUCGAGUUCAGUCCCUGCAUUUUACAGAUCUAGAUCAAGAACUAGAACACAGUUCUUUGCUGUAUUGUCUCCCCCAUUAGACUACGAGCUCUCUCAGGGAAGCCCAUCUCAGCACUUUGCACUGUGCCUGGGACGUACGAAGUGCAAGGGAAAAGCUUCAAUGCCCGGAGCCAGAGUCUGAAAAAAGUGAGGCAGCCUCACCUACCCUCGAUUUUCGUUGGCAAUGGGAAGACUCCGAGGGUAUCUGGCAUUGGUACUCUUCCGCUCAGGAUAUGGAGAUCACAGAGGCUUUCAGGAAAGGAAAUGCUUUGGUAAAUAUCUCAUCAGAGAGUGGAAACGUGAAGCUCCAGAUGGACUUCAAGAAGAUGGUCCAGAGAAACACAAAGACCAGGACUGAGAGGAGGAUUGCUGUUGCCAUCAAGGACCAGGGCUCCUAUUUUGUCUGGCAGUGGCAGGGUGAUGAGGAAGAUGACUGGAUCCCGUAUGAUACUAAAACUUGCCUGGCUCUGGAGGCAGCUCUAGCAGAAAACAAUGAAUCGAAGAUAGAUGUGAUAUUUGGCCGAAAACGUUAUACUCUGGAUGUGGGUAACAUGGUACAAACGAAUUGCAAAAGUGGAUACCAGCGCAGAAUAGAGCGCCGGCCUUCAGAGGCUGUGGAAUUGACUGAAGCUAAUAGAGACACUACUGGGAACAUAUCCAGUGUUUUAUCUAUGGAAUGCCCUUCUGAAGCUAAGAAAGCCCGAGGUGAAUUCUUGGUACAAGGAACGAAACAAGCACCUGUAGCAAAAGAUGCUGAGAGGAAAGACAAGAACAAAGAGAAUAAAGUAUCUGUGAAGACCUUGUUACUGAAGGGAAAAGCUCCAGUGGACCCAGAGUGUACAGUUAAGGUGGGAAAGGCCCACGUGUACUGUGAAGGGGAGGAUGUGUAUGACGUUAUGCUGAACCAGACGAAUCUCCAGUUCAACAAUAACAAGUAUUAUAUCAUCCAACUGCUGGAAGAUGAUGGACAGAGGACCUUCAGUGUCUGGAUGAGAUGGGGCCGAGUUGGGAAGGUUGGACAGCACAGUUUGGUGACCUGUUCUGGGGACCUCAACAAAGCCAAGGAGAUAUUUCAGAAGAAAUUUUUUGACAAAACAAAGAAUAGUUGGGAAGAUCGUAGCAGCUUUGAGAAAGUCCCUGGGAAAUAUGAUAUGCUGCAGAUGGACUAUACAACCAAUACUCAGGGUGAAGAAGAAUCAAAGGAAGGGGCACUUGCUCCCAUUUCACCUCCCAAAGUAGAGUCUCAGCUGGAACUUCAAGUCCAAGAGUUGAUAGAGUUGAUUUGCAACAUUCAAACCAUGGAAGAAAUGAUGGUGGAAAUGAAGUAUGAUAUCAAAAAAGCCCCACUGGGAAAGCUGACAGUGGCACAAAUCAAGGCAGGUUACGAGUCACUUAAGAAGAUAGAAGAUUGUAUCCAGUCUGGUCACAGUGGGCGGACCCUGGUGGAAGCAUGUAAUGAGUUCUAUACCAGGAUCCCACAUGACUUUGGGCUCCGCACUCCACCACUAAUACGAACAGAGCAAGAAUUGAAAGACAAGAUACAGCUUUUAGAGGCACUGGGAGACAUUGAAAUUGCUAUCAAGCUGGUAAAGACAGAGCCAAAGACCCCAGAGCACCCCCUGGACCAGCAUUAUAGAAACCUGCAUUGUGCUCUUCGCCCCUUGGAUCAUUCCUGUCAUGAAUUCAAAGUGAUCUCUCAGUAUCUACAUUCUACCCAUGCUCCUACUCAUAAUGACUAUACUAUGACCUUGCUUGAUGUCUUUGAAGUGGAGAAAGAGGGUGAGAAUGAAGCCUUCAGGAAGGAUCUACCCAACAGGAUGCUGCUAUGGCAUGGUUCCCGAUUGGGUAACUGGGUGGGAAUCCUAAGCCAUGGACUUCGUGUUGCCCCACCUGAAGCUCCCAUCACAGGCUACAUGUUUGGAAAAGGAAUAUACUUUGCUGACAUGUCCUCCAAGAGUGCCAAUUACUGCUUUGCCUCACGCCUGAAGGAUGUAGGGCUGCUGCUGCUCUCAGAGGUAGCUCUGGGUGAAUGUAAUGAGUUGCUGGCAGCCAAUCCUGAAGCAGGAGGACUGCUACAGGGUAAACACAGUACCAAGGGAAUGGGCAGGAUGGCUCCCAAUCCCUCCCAUUAUGUUACUCUGAACGGAAGCACAGUACCCCUAGGCCCAGCAAGUGACACAGGAAUUCUGAACCCACAGGGCUAUACCCUCAAUUACAAUGAAUUCAUUGUCUAUGACCCUAGCCAGGUUCGUAUGCGAUACCUGCUAAAAAUUCGAUUCAAUUUCUCUCAGCUCUGGUGA